AUGUCCAACUCCAUUCCACCCACUGUCUCCGCUCAGAAGAAGGCGAAGAGAUUUAGCACCCAAUCUGCGGCUACGGGAACAACAACUUCAACUUCUUCCUCGGCCGCCUCAAAGCUCAGCACAUUUAUCAACCCACUACGCGCGAAAUUCACGUCGUCACCUCAAAGUAGCCAAUCGCAAGUCCAAGUGAACGACCAUGCCGAGAUGAUGGAUGAGGACAACAUGUCCUGGGGUGUUCCAUCAUCGUCGAGACACUGCUUAGCUUGGCCGACGCGAGUCGGGUCGAGCUCGGAUUUGAAUCUUCAUCAUGGAUACCCUACUCAUACAUCGUUAUUCGAUUUCACGGGACUGCAAGCUUCAUUGCUCUCUGUGAACAUCUACGUACAUAACAUUCCAAUGCCUUCCCGUGCUGAACGCAUCGCCGAAGUCCAGCGAGCCAUCCUCAAGUCGUAUGGUGGGAUGUACCACUUCAUGCUUUCCUAUGGGCUCAAGAUGUACAAAGAAGGAGAUUUGGAAGAAGCAAAGCAGAUCUUGAGAGGUAUGGCGGAGGCGGAAGUGGACGGUGAGGAAUGAGGGAAUUGGGUCAAUUUAUAAUGGGUAUCUUGAAGUGUGCGACUGAGUUAUUUGAUUAAAUCAAAGGGUGUCCUGGAACCAGCACCCUUCCAGGUUCAGUCUGAUCGACAUGCUCUUUGAGAAUAGCUCUCGGGCCUGACCUUCGAAUCGUCUCCGUCUUGAAGACAGAAUCAUCGGUAUGAGACACCCACACUCGUCCGAGACUUGGCGACUGUUUUCACUGGUAGACGGUUCGACGACACGACCAAACGCUCCGUGGGCCACAUUCAACGGAAGAUUCACAUGCCAGCCGACACAUCCUCCGUCGAGCUGCAAGAUACACUCACGAGCAUAAACAUGUUUACCAAACCCACUGUUACCUCCACCGCUGUUGUCGCUGGACGACUUAGGCUUCGAUUCCGUGGACUGUUCCAAAAAGUUCACGCAAUCCAGGACGUAUCUACGCAGGCGUACGAAGUCCCCGUCAUUCCCCGCCCUGUUCAACGCGCCUUCUUACAAUCUGCGGACAAGGCUGCUGCGAAAUCAGGUUCCUCGGCUUUGGGUCUCCCCACCACCCCUCGCCGCCCUCAACUCUCCUCCGACUUCGAGGAGUCUGCGUUCAGUUCUUAUGCGAAAACUGACAAUGGGCUCGAUGGUGAUGAGCUCAACAAUGUUGGUGAGUCCAUGGAUCCGCUCGAGGCUGAGUAUUGGUUCGCCUGUGAAGGCACGGGUCAUCGUGAUGUGAGGCCCUUCGAGGUGUUCGUUGAUGGUGGUCUCGAUGUGGACGAGUGUGAAGAGUGGGGAUAUCAGGGUAUGGAAGACCUCGUUUGUGGGACUCUUCGUUGUGGAUUGCUUUGGCCUUCGAAGGACUGAGGAAUUAGUGAUGAGGUGACAUAGUUUAACGACGAGUAGCAGGGUCUCGAUGUCUCAGCCCAUGUCUCGGAAGAUGUGUGUGGCUCGGUGGGUCUCGGAGGUGCUCGAGUUGGAGGGGUAACCUCCGAGACCAUACUACUGACUACUCAGGCUCAGUAACAGGGACCCCUUAGUACACGCAGAGCAUCCCGACGCUCUACAUGCCCUCGCAUCAGGAUAUUCGCCUCUACAGUCCUCGAUACCGAAUACCGACUUCCGCUGGUGACGGGUUGCGCGACCCCACCAGUGACGUCCCAACUUCCCAGGCUCUCCAGCAGAGUAUUCCUCGACUCACGCGCCCGGACUUGGUAUGGGGAAACCUCUGUAGCGAGAGGUCUCCAUGAGAGGCCAGUAACUAUAUGCCCCUAUACCAGUUCGCGAGAUGACACGGAGACAGGGUUCGGAGGAAGGGAGUUGGGUCUUGUAUAUUUGUCCUGUGGAAUGUUAGUGAUGUCCCUGCUGGCAGCCUGCGCUGUACGCAACGCCGCACUGUCAAUUAUCCCGCUUUGGCAAUCGUAGCAUCAGCGCUGUUUAUUCCUGUUAGUAAAAACAAACAGAAAAUACUUACGGCACUCGGCCAG